UCCACGUUAAGAGGAAGUUAAUAAGAACGCAGAAAAACAAGCAAAACGGCUAAAAUAUGAAUUGCCUGUGUCGACCCUCGCGGAUUAUGUCCGUGCGCAUUAAUUUGCUGGAUGAAACGGAUUUCAUACACGAGAUCAAGGACGAUUUGCCGGGCCAAGCGCUGUUGGAUGUCGUUUUUGCCAGGCUCAAUUUAAUCGAGACUUCAUACUUUGGCAUACGCUACAUAGACGACGAGAAUCAAACGCACUGGUUGGAUCCAGCGUCGCGCAUUUCACGACAACUGAAGCCUAAAUCGGAUCCAUAUGAUUUGUAUUUUGGCGUCAAAUUUUAUGCCGCCGAUCCGUGUAAGCUGCUCGAAGAGAUAACGAGAUAUCAACUUUUCCUGCAAGUCAAACAGGAUGUACUACAAGGACGUCUCCCCGUCGCCUUCGAGCUGGCCGCCGAACUGGGCGCCUUUGUGGUGCAAUCUGAAUUGGGGGACUAUGAUCAGCGACGGCAUUCGAAGGGUUAUGUCUCGGAGUUUCGCCUGCUGCCGAAUCAGAGCAGCGAGUUGGAAACCCGCGUCUCGGAGCUGCAUCAACAGUUGAAGGGCAUGUCGCCAUCCAGUGCCGAGUUGAACUAUUUGGACAAAGUCAAAUGGCAUGACAUGUAUGGCGUUGAUUUGCAUCCCGUGCUGGGCGAGGACAGUGUCGAGUACUUUUUGGGCCUGACACCCAGCGGGAUUGUCGUGUUGCGCAACAAGACGACGGUGGCUCAUUACUAUUGGCCGCGCAUUGCCAAAGUUUAUUAUAAAGGACGGUAUUUUAUGCUCAGGAUAAGCGAUAAAAAUAAUGAGCUCAGCACUUAUGGCUUUGAGACUCCAAGGAAAUCGGCGUGCAAACAUUUGUGGAGAUGCUGCGUUGAGCAUCAUGCGUUCUUCAGACAGGUGCGAGUUGCACCUCUGCCCAAUUCGCAGUCACAUGCAGCGGAUUUGUUUCAGCUCGGCUCGCGCUUUAGACACAGUCGCACGGACAAGCAAACGGAGAAGGAUGCACUUGCCGCCGGAAGAGCGCCGCCCGCCUUUACGCGUGUUCCCUCCAAGCGGCAACCCCGACGCGUGAUUGAUGACUUUUUUAACAGCAACAACGGCGGUGGUGUCGCUGGUGGUUUAGGUGGUGUCGGUGGUGGUGGCAUCAUCAUUGGCAACCGACCACUGCCACAGCCUCUGCCACUGCAGAGUUUGGCCAGCAGCAAUGGCAACGCCAACUCGAACCAAGCCAACAACUACGACAGUCCCUACCGCUCCACGUAUAGCAUACCCACUAGCCUGGGAUUGCGGCCCAGUCAUCAGCAGCAAUCCUCGCAGCAGAACAACAACUCCAGCAGCUACAACAACAAUGGCAGCAGCAAUUUACAGACACCUGACUCGCCGCGCAGCACACGGAGUGCCCCCUGGCCCAGAUCGCAGCAGCGUUCGCUUUUUGGCCACAAUCCGUCAAGUCCACGCUCGGUGCGAUCGGUGAGCACCACGGGCGGUGGCCUGCAUCAUCAUCAUAGCCAUAGUCAUGGUCAUGGCACCAGUCAUCAUCAGCAUCAUCAUCAUCAGCAUCAUCAGCAUCAGCAUCAUAAUCAACAGUCGACGUCGUCGUCAUCGCAUCGACAGCAACGUGCCAGCUCCUCAUCCGCCUCGCAUCAGCAGCAACGUUAUCGCUCCAGCUCCGUGGAGAGUCAUUCAUCCAACGAUUCGCGCUCCACGCGUCGUCACAAGCAUCGCCAUCGUCGCACCUCGGACAAUGAGAGCGAACUGUCGCGUGGCUCUGGACGCUCGGGAAGAUCGCAUCAUCGCAAGCAUCGACGCUCGCAUCGGCAUCGCAGGGAUUCCGCCGGUGGCUCCGAUCACGACAGCACCAGGGGACGCAGUUACUCCGGUCAUCGCAGCUCCUCCAUGCGCAGCGGCAGCGCGGAGUUGAUUGACUCCACCACGCAGUGGCGUGAGGUGCAACGCCGCCAGGCGGAGGCAAGUCUCGGACAGAGCUCCGUGCAACAGGCGUCCGUCUCGAAGAGCAGCAUGGUGGCACGCAGCCUCCACAGCAACGACAGCCACUCGGAUACACACUCGCACCACAAGUCACGCCGGCAUCGCAAGAACAAGUCUCCGUCGGAAUCGCGCAGUCGCAUGUGGAACAGUGAACUGGCAAAGCAUCUGCAGUUUGGUCUGGUGGACACCGCUGGGAUGUCAGAGCAGCAGCUGCGGGAAAUACCCUACACAGUGGUGGAGACGACCUCGAAACGUUCCAAUUCGAAUCUCAAGAUCCACAAGAGCAACAGCAAGAGCAGUGUGGGUGCCAAGAGCAAUGGAUCCGGCAAUACGAUUACCAAUGGCAGUGGAUCGGCUAAUGCUGGACAGGCCAAGAAUCGCGUGGAUCGGAUUAGAGGACUCUACUACCAAAGCUCUCAUCCGCAUGAUAGCAAUGUCGGCGGCGUGGGCAAUGCUGCUGGUGUCCCUGGUGCUGGUGGCGGUGGCGGUGGUGGUGGUGGUGCACCCAAGAACGGUUCCAUACGCUCGGCCAGCACAAUUUCGUCGCGUGAAUGCGAUCGCAACAAUGGACAUGGAUUGGUGCGCAUGAUGUCUAGCAUGAGCAUGGGUGACUUUAUCUCACCCACUGGCUCCAAUCUGAGUCCACUGGAGAACUCCGCGUUACGCGUUUCCCAUGAGCACACUGACUCCGGACUGGGUGCCGAUCAGGAUUAUGCUUACUCCUCUGAAAGAUCCAGCGAUAGUACACGCUAUGGCACGAACAAAUCAUCUGGAGCCUCCAGUGGCAGUCAUCGCAAGUCCAUUGGCAGUGCUGGAGGCGGUGGAGGUGGAGGCGGUGGAGGUGGCAACAAUGGUGGCUACAACAGCCUCAUGCAACAGACUGUGAGUAAUCAGCAGCAACAGCAACGUUCGCUAUUCGCACAGCAGCAGCGGCAACAGAAGCCGAAUUACAAAUCGUCCACUAACCCGAGUCACAAUCCAAAUCACAAUCCAAAUUCAAAUCUGGCGCCAGUACAUGGUGCCACAUCGGCAACAGCGCCAACAGCAACAACAACAACAACAAAAACCUCCUCCACUUCAGCUAAUACUAACUCAACGACACCGCCAACUUGCCCCAGUGGCAGUGGCAGUGGCAAAGGCAGUGCCAACAACAUUGGCGCCGGCAAUCGCCUGCUCAGUUACACGACCUUUGAGAACAAUCAGUACAAGUUCAGUCUGAACAAUGCACUGGGCAAGGGAUCAGCCGGCGCUCGUGUUGCAAGCAGCAGCAGCAGCAAUCUCACGGGUAACUUGGUGUCAGCUAGUGUUGGUGCUAGUGGUGCUAGUGGUGGUGGUGUUGCUUUCAGCCGACAACGUAGCUUUGUGGAGUGGCCCAACAAUCCGGCUGCUCCCUAUUACUAUCAGGGUCCAUCGUCGAGUGCGGCGCAGGUGAAGAGACGUGAUGCCAAGUCGGAUAUUGGAGUGCCAACGCGUCGUCUGUCGGGUCAGAGUGUCACGAAGACACAGCUGCUGGCCAAUGCCAGCUGUUAUCCCAUGCACUAUGCCAGCAGCAAUGUGGCCAACAACAACAUCGGCUACAAUCGCGCUUUGGGCCAACGUGGUGUUGGUGUUGGUGUUGGUGCCACAAAUGCCAGCGGAUUUGGUUUGCAGCCGGCCAAAUCGGAUCUGUUUCUAUCCUACAUACAUGGCGGUGAAUACGAGCGUCCCUACAUCUACAACUACAAGAUGCCACAGAUGCCGCCGGGUCUCUUAAAUGCUGCCGCAUCCAAUUCGGGCUCCGCUUCUGGUUCCAAUUCUGGCAACGGUUCGCCCAAACAACAACAACAGCUACAGGCGAGUGCCUAUCACAUUUCGGGCGCCCAGACUGCUGAUCCACCGCCACCGCCUGCACCACUUUAUGGUGGCUCGGCGCCCGCCAAUGAUGUCAUGUACUAUCAGUUUGACAAAGGCGCCACACAACAGCCGCCCAUUGUGCAGCAGCCAAAGGCGGCAAGUGUUGCAGGUGGUGCAGGCGGUGCAGGUGGUGCAGCCAGUGGGCCAUUAGUGUAUCUGCAGCAUGGACAGAAUGUCGCGCCAUCGAAUGUCACCUCAACGCAACAAACUGCAAUGCACUCAUCGCACUCCUGCAGCGAGGAGGACGAAGUGAUGGCAGUUUUGGAGUCCUUGCAACCGGAUGCGACCACAACGAAUGAUGAGGCCGAAGACACCGAUGAUGUGUACGACGAUGAGGCCGCUGAGGCAGAGGAUAUGUUUGAUGCAGAUGUCCCUUUGAUGUCACCAACUGGCAGCAAUAACAGUGCCAACUGCAACAGCAACAACAACUGUAACAGUAGCAGCAACAAUUCUAAUCGAAAUGCAGUUGCCAAUGCAGUUGCAUUGGCCAAUAUUAAUCUAGAUAAUUGCAAUGCGAAUGUCUACGGUGGUCAGCAGUGUGCCAGUGACACCAGUCUGCAACAGCAACAUAUAUUGCCAAUUACCACAAGCAACCAAACGUUAAAUUGUCCCACAUUGAAUGCAAAUAGCUAUAGCAGUAGCCAAACCAACUCCAACUCCAAUACCAAACCCAAUACCAAUACCAAUAGCACGAAUGCGAAUCCACAUGAACCAACAACAACAACAACCUCCCUAGUUGCCCCCAACACACAGCAGCAAUUCACAGCAGCAACUACAACUGCAACAACAACGAACUCACAACGAACCAAUUCCAAUCCGCACUCGAGUUUACAACAAAAUCAAAACAUUUCCUCCAGUUUAGAGAUAAUUCUAUCGCCAAUUAUACAAAGUAGUCGCCGAGCGCAAUUGUAAGCGAAAUGAGCACAGAAUUGUGAGAAUUAGCUAAAUUUAAUUUGCAAUAGCCAACGCCCGCCCACAACGACCACGCCCACGCCCACGUGCCCGGCCAGGAGCACGUUGCAUUAACAGCAGCUGGCAGUGUUUGCCCCUCAGCACCGCCGCCAACAGCAUUCUGCAAACUUUGGCUGCAGC